UACAUGAUUGUUUUCAAUGCACAUGGUCUUAUGAAUUAAGUGAUACAAUUCUGAAAACAAGUCUGAUGAAAGCGAGCGUCUAAGUAAUUAGCUAGUGGUAGCUUUAUCAGGUAGCUAGAGGCUAGUAAGCGUCAUUGGCAAAGAACCUACCUAGCAAGUUAACAUUAGCAAAACAAAUGGUAUGCUUUGUAUGUGGCAGAUAGCAUGCUAGUAGUUGUGGCCCAUAUUGCUUUGAUGGGUGGUUUAUACGUCUUUAUUGUUAAUAAACUAGGUUUAGUUUGAGACCGAUUCAUUUUUUACAUAAGUUGACUUUGGAACUAUCCUCGAAAAGGACAAGCUAGCUGUCGUACCCUAAAUAGUUAGUUCCGCAGACUCACUGACUGUGCUGGCUAGUUUACCUUGUACGUUAGCAUGGCUAAUGUGAAGGCAGCAAUGCAUUUCAGCUGGUGGGAACUUGUAGUGGCCGGUUUUGGUUCUAAAUAGCCUCGAAGCUAGCAGUGAAGUUGAAACGGGCUGUAUUAGGCUACAUAGUAAUAAUAGCACAUAGGUCAAUAUCCAUUAUUAACUCUACGGUAAUGGUGGUGACCAAUAAUGCUAGCUCACCAUUUAAGACACGUCAUUGUUUUGCUUUAACAUGAGUUAACUGUUUAAAAAUCCGAGAACUUGGUAAAGUACUUCGACUGUCCUCUGUUAAACUUCAAUGGAAUCCUUGUCUAAAAGUGUGAUUGACGGCUUUUACUGCAGUUGACUAGUUCUAGGGGUGGCGUAGCUAUUUUUACAUGACGAGCCGCGAAUGCAGUCAGGCCACUUCUCAAACGUCACUGCAGUUUGGCCUUACAUGAGAUCCGAGAAGUCUUGAUCCCAUGCACCUGCUGUGGCGGCUGGCAAUCUCAUUGUGAGCAUCAUUCCACCUGUUACUUUGGACUAGGCAUUUACAUUUGGUGCAUAUACACCUAAAGAGACCAUGUACUGCCUGCAGUGGUUGCUCCCAGUCCUGCUCAUCCCAAAACCUUUGAAUCCAGCAUUAUGGUUCAAUCACUCCAUGUUCAUGGGCUUCUACCUGCUCAGCUUCUUGUUGGAGAGGAAGCCGUGCACCAUUUGUGCCUUAGUGUUCUUGGCAGCACUGUUCCUCAUCUGCUACAGCUGCUGGGGAAACUGCUUUCUCUACCACUGCCAUGAUUCUCCACUGCCGGACUCUGCACAUGAUCCCAAUAUCGUUGGCACCUAAAGAGCAUCAGCUCAGCUCGCUCAACAGCUAUAAUCUGGACAAUCUUAGCCUAUAUCUAAAGCCUGGAACCCUUCACUGGAAGUCCCUGCCAGGAGUGAAGCAAUGCUGAGAAAUAGCACUGUCUGCCCAUGAUGUGAUGAUGACAUACCUUAUCCCUCUCCUACACAUUCACCUCUUUUUUAUUUGUACUGUUGAUCUCUUUCUGGGGUCAGAUAUGAAAACUGCAUGAGUGACCUGUAGGGUUCUUUUGUCUUUUUUUCCAGUGGUUUAGAAAUCAUGCAUUGUUACCAACGUUUUAAAUGAAGUGUUCCCAAUGGUGUAAAUUAAAACGAGCUCGAGUGGG